AUUCCUUUACUGGAUAUCCUCAAGCACAAAAUUUACUCUUACCUUUAAAUACGAUUGUUGAAGAUCAGAACUGUAUACAAAUCUCAUCAUUCCUGACCAUGAUUAGUGUAACCUGGAGCAUCUUCCUAGUUUGGACUAAAAUAGGGCUGUUACUUGACAUGGCACCUUGUUCUGUUAGUGCCAAACCAUGCCCUUCAGUGUGUCGCUGUGAUAUGGGUUUCAUAUAUUGUAAUGAUCGCGAUUUGACGUCUAUUCCUACAGGAAUCCCAGAGGAUGCUACUACCCUCUUCCUUCAGAACAAUCAAAUAAAUAAUGCUGGGAUUCCUUCAGAACUGAAGAACUUGCUUAGGGUGGAAAGAAUAUAUUUAUACCACAACAGCCUAGAUGAAUUCCCCACUAACCUCCCUAAGUACGUUAAGGAACUGCAUUUGCAGGAGAACAAUAUAAGGACCAUUACGUAUGAUUCACUUUCACAAAUUCCGUAUCUGGAAGAACUGCAUUUGGAUGAUAACUCUGUUUCCGCUGUUAGCAUUGAGGAUGGAGCUUUCCGGGACAACAUCUAUCUCAGACUUCUUUUUCUCUCUCGAAAUCACCUUAGCACCAUUCCCUGGGGUUUGCCUAAAACCAUAGAAGAGCUACGCUUGGAUGAUAAUCGUAUUUCCACGAUUUCAGAGCCGUCCCUUCAAGACCUUACAAAUCUAAAACGCCUUGUUUUAGACGGAAAUCUUCUAAAUAACCAUGGAUUAGGAGACAAAGUCUUCAUGAAUCUAGUCAACCUUACAGAACUGUCACUGGUCCGCAAUUCGCUCACAGCCGCACCGGUGAAUUUGCCAGGAACAAACCUAAGAAAGCUUUACCUUCAAGAAAACCACAUCAACCGUGUGCCACCCAAUGCUUUCUCCUACUUAAGGCAGUUGUAUCGACUAGAUAUGUCCAACAACAAUCUUAGCAACUUACCUCAGGGUGUCUUCGAUGAUCUGGACAACAUAACUCAGCUUUUCCUUCGCAACAACCCUUGGAACUGUGGGUGCAAAAUGAAAUGGGUGCGCGACUGGUUACAGUCAUUGCCUUUAAAAGUUAAUGUGCGUGGACUGAUGUGUCAGGCACCAGAGAAAGUCCGUGGAAUGGCUAUCAAAGACCUCAGCGUGGAGCUAUUUGAUUGUAAGGACGAUGGCAUGAUGAGCACCAUCCAAAUCACUACCGCGGUACCAAACACCUUAUACCCGGCCCAGGGCCACUGGCCGGUUUCUGUGACCAAACAACCAGACAUCAAGACUCCCAACCUAAACAAAAACUACAGAACCACAGCAAAUCCAGUGCGCAAAAUCAUUACAAUCUUUGUGAAAUCCGUAAGCACGGAGACUAUUCACAUCUCCUGGAAAGUUGCACUGCCAAUGACUGCUUUAAGACUGAGCUGGCUCAAGAUGGGUCACAGCCCUGCCUUUGGAUCUAUAACUGAAACAAUCGUUACAGGCGACAGAAACGACUAUUUGCUCACAGCUCUCGAACCGGAAUCGCCGUACCGCGUAUGCAUGGUUCCCAUGGAAACCAGCAACAUCUAUCUCUCCGACGAAACACCCGAAUGCAUCGAGACCGAGACGGCCCCUCUGAAGAUGUACAACCCCACCACGACCCUCAACCGGGAGCAGGAGAAAGAACCUUACAAAAACUCCAGCUUGCCCUUGGCCGCUAUCAUCGGCGGGGCAGUGGCGCUGGUGGCCAUCGCGCUGCUGGCCCUGGUCUGCUGGUACGUCCACAGAAACGGGUCCCUCUUCUCCCGGAACUGCGCCUACAGCAAGGGACGCCGGAGAAAGGAUGACUAUGCUGAAGCGGGAACCAAGAAGGAUAACUCCAUCCUAGAAAUCAGGGAGACUUCUUUCCAGAUGAUACCAAUAACCAAUGACCAAGUGUCCAAGGAGGAGUUUGUAAUACACACCAUUUUCCCACCUAACGGCAUGAAUCUGUACAAGAACAGCCACAGUGAAAGCAGUAGUAACAGGAGCUACAGAGACAGUGGUAUUCCAGAUUCAGAUCAUUCACACUCAUGAUACUGAAGGACAUGAAAGACUGGUUUGGGUUUGGUUGGUUUUUUUUGGUUUUGUUUUUUAAAGAAAACAAGAAAAGACUGGCUUAACAGUUGCUGUUCUACUGCAAAACACUGGAUUAAAAGACUGACAAAGCAAUGUACUGUACAUUUGCCAUAUAAUUUAUAUUUAAGAACUUUUUAUUAAAAGUUUCAAAUUUCAGGCUACUGCUGCGAUUAAUGUAGUGGGGAUACCUGACCACAAUUCUAUAUUUUAGUAUUUUUUAGUAAUUUGUACUGUAUUUUCCUUGCUAAUAUUGAAGUUACAGACCAUUUAACUUUUGUGUUCUACUGAGUAAGAUGACUUGUUGACUGUGAAAGUGAAUUUUCUUGCCGUGUUGAGCAGUCAGAACAUUCAUCUGAGAUCCUUGUAAGUGUAAGCACAGGCCAUUUUUCACUUUGGUAUCAAUAAAACAAUGUUGAACCUGGCAAAUCAGAAACAUCAAGAAGUGGUUGCAAAAACUCACAGAACUUUCAAUGUUGGGUCUAUUAAAUCUGUAAACCACUACAAUAUUCAAUAAACAAAAAUGCGUGUAGUAAUGGGCAAUAUCAGCUGUCUGGAUAUAUCCAUUCAACAAUGGUGACAUCCAAUUUAAAAGAAAAUAAGCAAAUCAAUGACAUCCAUGAGACUGAAGCUUUUGACAUGUGUCAAAAAAAAAGAAUUGAUCCCUGGAAGAAAGCCUAAUCAAAUUCCUAACAAGGAAUUCAAAAAUAUGUACUAGGUUCUACAAGCCAAGGGGGUAGAU